CUGAGCUUGCACUGCAGCACAGCAAGCAAGAGAGAAAUGAUUAGCAACAAUAGUGAUUAUCCUUCCUGGAGCAUUAAUAGUGACAUUGACAGCGCUUUUUACAAGAAUGAUCCCAUUUUACGAGGUGUAGUGAUCGCUGCUUGUAUCCUCUCUGGGGUUGGAGCACUUCUAGUCAUAUUCUCGUAUGUUUGUUCCAGACAGCUCCGCUCACAGGCAAGGCUAAUCAUCCUCCACCUUUCUUUCAUGGAUUUUGGAGUAGCUCUAGCAAAUUUUAUAGGCCUCAGUGUCUAUUUUAAUAAAUAUUAUUUGGAGUCUUAUAAAAAUGAAGGAGACUUUGAUGAUGUCACACCAGUAGUUAGGUACUCCUGCAUGACUCAAGCUAUUGUUGCAGUUUACUGUAACAAUAGUUCUAUCCUCUGGACACUCUCUGUUGCAAUAUAUCUAUACUUUCGUAUUGUUACUAAUCCACACAGUCCAGAAAAAUUUUUUAGAAUCCUUCUCUAUAUAAUGUAUGCAGUUAAUUACGGGUUGCCUUUGGUGCUCACUAUAUGGCUUGCCCUAACUAAAAGACUCGGUUUUUCUCCUUUUGAUUCUUCUGGCUGGUGCUCUUUAAUCACAUACCGGUACAUCGAAAUGGAAUCAUACAAACCUGUGAAGGUGGAUGUGUAUGCCUCAUUCUUUGGGAACGACAUGCUGAUAAUACUGACACUAAUAACAAUACCAGUUCUAUACUUCUCCAUAAAGCGCAAUGCAAAGAAACAACUUAGUUCUGUUGCCACUGAGAACCUAAGGCAUAAACUGAAUUCAAUUGAGCUAAAGUUCACAGCAAUUCCACUAGUGUUCCUAUUCUUGAGACUCUGGUCCCUGAUUCUAAGUAUAAUGUACGACUAUGCUCAAGUUGAUGACAAGCAUGUUCCUCAAAAACUUAAAAUCAUUCUACUUUACUUAUCAGGUAUUGGUGAUUCCAGUCAAGGGACGGCUAACAGUAUAAUUUUCAUUUUCUUCACUGAGAAAGCUCGAAGCAUGCUUUGUGCUUUAUUCUGUUGCUUCUGCACUUACUUCUUGAAGCAGACCACAGUACAGAGUGACAUGCAUGAGGACUCACAAGAAAAAGAGCCAAUUCUGACAAAUUCAACAUCGCAUCAAGAGUACAAAGCCAAAGGACAGACUCUUUAUAUUAUACAAAGUCACUGAAUUUCAUCAAUUUUUAUUUUAGUGUGAAAAGAUCUACUAUUCAUAAUGUUCUUGUGUGUUGCUGCACAAUUAAAAUCAUGUAUGCUGUAUUUUAUUCUCAUGUUAAUUUUUAUAAUUUUGCUAUAAACAACAAAAAUUGUAAAAA